AUCAGACCAGAUCCAUCCUCGCCCAAAAAAUGGCCUUCCUUCUUUAUUCUCUCUAACCCUUUUAUUUUUUGGUUUUUUCCCGCAGGCCGCAACCCAAAAUCCAUUUUUUGCUUUUGUCAAGUUUUCAAGCUUCAGUUGGGAUUUUUGAUUAUUUAAAAAUCUAUAUUUCUAAAUUCUAAUUAACUAGGGUUUUUUUUCCCCCAAUUUUCACUCUAUUAACUACAAAAAUUUUACGUUCCGAUUUUUGUUCUGUUAACAUUAACUCUUCGUGAAGAAGAAGAAGAAGAAGAAGAAGAAGAAGAAGAAGAAGAAGAGGAAGGACUGGAGACAUGGGUGCACAGAAAAAGGGUGCAACCGCUAGGGUUUCAGAAGACCCAGAGGAGCUGGCGCGUAAUCCAUUGCAAGCCAUUCUCUUAGCCGAUAGCUUCGCCACCAAGUUCCGUCCAAUCACCCUUGAACGCCCCAAGGUGCUAUUGCCAUUAGUGAAUAUUCCGAUGAUAGAUUACACACUAGCGUGGCUUGAAUCCGCGGGAGUGGAGGAGGUUUUCGUGUUCUGCUGUGCUCAUUCGAAACAAGUGAUUGAUUAUUUGGAGAGUUCUCAAUGGUCUUCUCAACCUAAUUUUUCGGUUCAAACCAUCGAAUCUCACAAUUCCAUCAGUGCUGGCGAUGCUUUGCGUUUGAUUUAUGAACGCCAUGUGAUACAUGGAGAUUUUGUUCUUAUUAGUGGAGAUACAGUGAGUAACAUGUCACUUACUCAGGCACUUCAAGAACAUAAAGACAGAAGGAAAAAGGAUGCUAAUGCAAUAAUGACCAUGGUUGUUAAACAGUCAAAGCUGUCUCCAUUCACUCAGCAGUCUCGACUUGGAACUGAUGAACUCUUUAUGGCUAUAAAUCGACACAAACAACUCCUAUGUUAUGAGGAGGCAGAAUAUUCAAAAGGGUUUAUAUCUCUUGAUAAAAUGCUGAUAGCUGAUAAUCCUUCUAUCGUUCUGCACAACGAUAAACAGGAUUGUUAUAUUGACAUAUGCUCUCAAGAAGUGCUAAGUCUUUUCACAGACAAUUUUGACUAUCAACAUCUGCGACGUCAUUUUGUAAAGGGAUUGCUGGUUGAUGAUAUUAUGGGUUACAAGAUUUUUACUCAUGAAAUUCGCUCAAGUUAUGCGGCUAGGAUAGACAAUUUUCGAAGCUAUGAUGCCAUUAGCAAGGACAUAAUUCAGAGGUGGACUUAUCCAUUUGUGCCAGAUAUACUCUGUGGAAGUUCUGCAAUAAAAGUUGAGAGGCAGGGAGCUUACCGAGCAUCAGAUGUCACACUGUCAUGUUCUGCACAAAUAGGUUCAUUCACUGUCAUUGGACAAGGCACCAAAAUAGGGAACAACACAAAAGUAUCUCAUUCUGUUAUUGGAGAAGGGUGUACUAUUGGAUCAAAUGUUACUAUAGAAGGCUCCUAUGUAUGGAAUAAUGUUACCAUUGAAGAUGGCUGUCGCUUAAGGCAUGCGAUAGUAUGUGAUGGCGUGAUAAUGAAGUCAGGAGCAGUUUUAGAACCUGGUGUUGUUCUAUCUUUCAAGGUUGUAGUUGGACAACAGUUUGUUGUUCCUUCGUACUCAAAGGUUUCUUUACUUCAACAGCCAACCCAGCAAGAUAGUGAUGAGGAAUUGGAAUAUGCUGACAGUAGUAGUGGCACUGUAGAGCUUCCAUUUAACAAAGCGAUUACUGGUGCAGCGGAUAAAUUGAAUGGGGACAUUGGAUCUGAUUUAUCCAAGACACGAUAUGGGCCUGUUUCUGAGCUUGGUACCGGUGGAGUUGGUUAUAUUUGGUCAAUCAUCGAAGGAGCACAUGAUGAGGAAUGGAGGCAUUCAGUUGCACCUAUUCCCACAGAUAAACUGGCUAAGAUAAUGCUAGAUAAAGAUGAGGAUGAGGAACUGUUAACUCAAGAUGGGAAUGUUCUCUCACCUUCAGGAGAGCUGAAAUCUGAUUCUGAUGGUAAUGGUUCUCAAGAUGAUGAUAAUGAAGGCUCUAGAGAUGACCAUGUCUCCUUUGAGAAAGAGGUGGAAGCUACCUUUCUAAGGGCUGUUCAUGAAAAUGUUAAAGUAGAUCAUGCAGUCUUAGAGGUUAAUGCACUUCGAUUGUCUUACAACAUGGCAUCUGUGGACUGUGCUGGAGCAAUAUUUUACUCAAUGAUGAAAUUGGCAGUAGAAUCUCCACAUAGCUCAGCUAGUGAAUUGCAUAGAAGUGCUGUGGAUGUAAUCACAACAUGGCAAAAACUUUUGAAGUCUUUCCUGCAUGAUAUAGAUGAGGAGAUUGAGGUUAUCUUGAAAUUUGAAGAAAUAUGCCUGGAAUCUGCCAAGGAGUUCUCCCAAUUGUUUCCACAGAUUUUGCAUCUUCUAUAUGAUAAAGAAAUUCUACAAGAAGAUGCUAUUUUGAGGUGGGCGGAAGAGAAGGAAGGGGCAGAUGAGUCAGAUAAAGUGUUUCUUAAGCGUUCAGAAAAAUUUAUACAGUGGUUGAAAGAGGCAGAAGAAGAGGAAGAAGACAACGAAGAGUGAGACGAGAGCAUAUGAUUCAGGACUGGGUGCUUUUGUCAUGGAAUUCUUGCCAUGGUGCCUUUUUUUUUUUUUUUUUGCAAUUUUGUUUCGUGUUGCUAAUAAAAUCUCCCAAUUAGCUAUCGCAAAUGUUGUAAUGAAAAAUGCAAUAACAGUCCGACUUUAUAAUCGCCCAUCCUGGUGGCGGCAUUUCUCUCUCUGUCUAGAAAUGAAAUGAAGAUGAAGAAAUUGAACAAUGCAUAAAAGUUGUGUAUUUAUAAACUUAACUUGAGUAGAAGCUGAGGAGCUUAAUGGCUUAAGUUUUCCUGAAAUUGCCUACAUGGUUAAUGGUGUUGGAGCAGUAAGUAUAAUGAACCAUCUGCUAUUCUUUCAAGUUUCAACCCAACGCUUCAAAACUUGAAGUAGUUGUGUGUAAACCGUGCAUUGUUUUUAACCUGCCUUGUUUCUUUAAACGGGAAUUGGCAAAAAGU